UAUAAGAGCCGCUUCCGCCGGAGCCAGCGACCCGAGGGGUGCCCGGUGGUGCAGCCGCGCGUCACGUCCCGGAGCCCGCACCGGCUGUGCCAUGAACGCCCGCGGGCUGUGCACGGAGAAGGCCGCCGCCUUCACCCGGCGGCUGCGGGCCGAGCCCCAGUUCCUGCUGGCGCAGAACGUGGCGACCUGCAGCGACCCGCUGGAGGUGUGUCUGCAGCGGCAGGUGGUGCAGGACACGGUGCAGGUUUUCCAGCACGCUGUGCCCGCCGAGGGGAAGCCCGUCACCAACCAGAAGAACUCCGGGAGAUGUUGGAUCUUCUCCUGUCUCAACGCGAUGCGUCUUCCUUUCAUGAAGAAAUACAACAUUGAGGAGUUUGAGUUCAGCCAGUCUUAUCUCUUUUUUUGGGACAAGGUUGAACGUUGUUACUACUUUUUAAAUGCGUUUGUGGAAACAGCUCAGAAGAAGGAGCCUGUGGAAGGAAGGCUGGUGCAGUUCCUGCUCUCCAACCCCACGAAUGAUGGUGGACAGUGGGAUAUGCUGGUUAACAUUAUUGAGAAGUAUGGUGUUGUCCCCAAGAAAUACUUCCCUGAGUCUCAUACCACAGAGGCCACUAGAAGGAUGAAUGAGAUCUUGAAUCAUAAGAUGAGAGAAUACUGCAUGAGGCUCAGAAAUAUGGUGGAAAGUGGAACAAUGAAAGGUGAAGUUUGUGCUGCCAUGGACACUAUGAUAGAAGAGGUGUUCAGAAUAGUAAGUACCUGCCUGGGCAACCCUCCAGAGACCUUCUGCUGGGAGUUCCGGGAUAAGGAGAAGAACUACCACAAGUAUGGCCCUAUGACACCAGUCCAGUUCUACAGUGAGCAUGUGAAGCCUUACUUCAACAUGGAGGACAAGAUUUGCCUGGUGAAUGAUCCUCGCCCUCAAAACCCCUACAACAGGCUGUACACUGUGGAGUACCUGGGCAACAUGGCAGGAGGGAGGAAAACACUCUAUAACAACCAGCCUGUUGAUGUCUUGAAAAAAUUGGCUGCAGCAUCUAUUAAGGAUGGCGAGGCCGUGUGGUUUGGUUGUGAUGUUGCAAAGCACUUCUAUGGCAAGCUGGGAAUCAAUGACCUGAAUAUAUUUAAUCAUGAGCUGGUGUUCGGCGUCUCUGUCAAGAACAUGAACAAAGCAGAACGAUUAAUCUUUGGAGAAUCAAUGAUGACCCAUGCCAUGGUCCUGACAGCUGUCACUGAGAAGGAUGGGCAAGAAGGAUUUGAAAAAUGGAGAGUGGAAAACUCCUGGGGUGAAGACCGUGGUAAUAAAGGUUACCUGAUCAUGACUGAUGACUGGUUUUCUGAGUACGUGUAUGAAGUGGUGGUGGAUAAGAAGCAUGUACCAGACGACAUCUUGGCAGUGAUGCAGCAGGAACCAAUUGUUUUGCCAGCCUGGGACCCAAUGGGGGCUUUAGCCAAGUGAACUACAGAGUAUUUGCCUCUUAAUGGUGAACCAGAAGUAGAUGCAAUAGAGAAUUCCAGUGGUUGGAAGCCAUAGCCAAAUGAUGAUGUGACCAAGCACUCAGCCUGGUCCAUAUUCUUGAAAUGUAAGUUAAGGAUCUUUGGGAAAUAGCGCUUCCCUGAAGUGGCUGCAUCAGGCUCUGACAGGCUGCUCCUCAGAACUAAAAAGGGAAAAAACUCAUCAUGGAAAUGUAUUACAAGUGCUGUCACAGGCACUUGGAUUUUACCUUAAUUUUUUAAUCAAAAUUGGCAUAGUAACUUAGUAGAAUUAUUUUGACCAGUGUUUUCCCUGGCAAAGAUGGCCAUAAAAGGCCCCGCUUUAGAAGGAACAGCCAGGUGAUUGUGAGAAUACAUCAAGGUACUUAGAAAUAACCAUCCAUGGUCUGACUCAUGCCAUCAAAGAAUGCCCAAAGUAUUUUAUGUAUUUACAUUUUAGUUUUGCUGAAGUUCUGGAGGGGCCAUAAGAAUUGAAACUGCUAAAAACUACUUUUUAGAAAAUUCUCUUCAAGCAGAUUUUUUUUGGGGGGUGAACUGUUUCCUUGAGGGUUCCAGUUUCACUUGUUUUUAUUCUUCCAUGAUGGAGCUGGGACUGGAUCACCCAUCUCAAGGCCCAGGGCCAUGUCUGUGCACAGAAGCGCUAUUUUUCAGUUACAUUAGCAAGAACAACCAUAAAAUACAUUCACAGGUGGAGUUAGUGUCAUGCUUAACGGAAAAAGAACCCAACAUUUUAAUUGCUGCAUUUUAUUUGGAUGUUUUAAAAAAACAAACAACAAGAUGGUGCUAUGAAGCUUUUGAAUAAACACUUUCUAAGGUGA